UUUGCGACUCAGUAAUAGGGACUAUCGCUGUAUUAAACACUUUAAAUCCUAAUUAAAGCGUUAAAAUAAAAAAGUCGCCUAUACGAACCGUAAAAACUCCAUAAAUUUACUUGAAACACAAAACCUAAACACUGAUUCUUUGUUGCGCAAUGUUCGGGACUAUUUUCCUUCCCGCUCACUCACCGCUCAGAGUCUCACUCAUGUCAUUCCGUGAAGCCUAGUUGUCAACACGAGAUGCUUUUGUUAUCGCUGCGCAGUACAAUAUUUUCCUAUAAUCAGAGCCAUCGAAGCGAAUAGAUCGUUUUAUUUCAUAUUUGUUGGUUUGAUAAGUCGCCUUCUGCACCAGUGUGUGUAAAGGCCUGACUUACAAGAGUACUGCUGUAUAAAUAACCUUUUGAAGUCGUCAAAGUAUCUGUGAUUUUAAUUAGUAGAAAAUGAAGGCUAUCCUGUUAUACGUUGCUGGUCUGCUGGCUGUUUUGGCUCCUGCUAUCGCAACACAAUGUCACGUGAACCCGGUAAACAUCCAGCGGGAAUGGAUCACCAUGCACCGCUCGUGCCGCGACAGCAUGCGCCGUCAGAUCCAGAUGGAGGUCGGCGCCUCGCUCCAGUACCUCGCCAUGGGCGCGCACUUCUCAAAGGAUAAGAUAAAUAGACCAGGAUUUGCGAAAUUGUUCUUCGACGCAGCCGGCGAGGAGCGCGAGCACGCGAUGAAACUGAUCGAGUACCUGCUCAUGAGAGGAGAGCUCACUAACGACGUCACCUCGCUCAUACAAGUUAGGGCACCUCAACGUAACAAGUGGGAAGGCGGCGUGGACGCGUUGGAACACGCACUGAAGAUGGAGAGCGACGUCACCAAGAGCAUCCGCACCGUCAUCAAGGCCUGCGAGGACGACCCUGAGUUCAACGACUACCACCUGGUGGACUACCUGACCGGAGAGUUCUUGGAGGAGCAGUACAAGGGCCAGCGCGACCUGGCCGGCAAGGCCUCCACGCUCAAGAAGAUGCUCGACCGCAACUCCGCCCUCGGAGAGUUCAUCUUCGACAAGAAGCUCAUGGGCAUGGAUAUCUAAAUUGUCCGCGCAUUGUAGCCCAUCGCGUUGUCAUGUGAAAUAAAUAUAUUCAUAACAAAGAGAACAAAGUUAUCAUGUUCCAUCUAUUACACCUUAUUAUGUGAAUCAACGCUCUAGCGGUAUCACUUGAUCACGAUUUCGGAAUGUUGUUAAUUAAAAUGAUUGCUAUCUAAAUUGAUGGUGAUCUACCGAAAUCUAUUAAAGUCAGUAUAAGCCUUUUUUCAAUUCUAAAUUAUUAAGAUAUCACAAGUGUACGAAUAAGUCCAUUAUUAGACUCAAUAGAUGUGUACAAAACAUUAGAUGUAAGAGAUAGUGUACUAGAAACGUGUACUCCACUAUAGCGUUUAUGCAGUCAAUUAGUGAAGGGCUCUUUUUGACCAAGUUGUCAAAAAUUGCCGGCAUGGCAUUUUAGAUAUUUUAUUAUUUUGUUGAUUUUCAGGUCAUCGAUAUCUAGAUGAUGAUAUGUAAUUAAAAUAAUAUGGCUGUUUAUUUUUUCGUGUAAUAAAUAAAGUUUCAAUCACCA